GGGUGGUAAAUCCCCACAGGAUCUCCCAUCUUGCUCAGCCAAGCACUUGGCUUCUUCCCCCAGGGGCCACCUGGUCUCCAGGCUCUGCAGGGCAGUGGCUGGGUGCUGGGGUGGGACCUGUGCUGUGGUGUGACAGUGCUGCCGUGUGGCUGUGCCCCCAGAACUGAGCCUGUGUGUACACACCCCCAUGUGAACCAGCUGUGUACCCUGUACCCCAAGGAGUGUGAUGUACCCCUGCAGUCCCCCAGGCAGCUGUCCCCUGGCAGUGCAGCCUUUCUGGGCACCUGUGUCCUGUCACUGUGGCUGUGUCCUGGUGGCUGUUGCAGGAACCUUUAUCCUGGCACUGCAGAUGUGCUCUGGUGACAGCCCAUCCCAUGCACCUCAACCAGGACAGGGACACUGUACCCUGUCCCAGUACCCCUUGCCAUGCAAACAUUCCUGGUGUCCCUGUACCCCAGCAGAGCCUCUGUAUCCUCACAGAGUACCUGCAGCACCCGUGCCUGUGCAGUGAGAGCCCUUCAUUAGAGUGCCAGCACCCUGGUGGUGCCCUCUGUGUGCCUGUGCCCUGGCAGUGCCCCCAUGCAGCUGCUCAGCAGCAGGGUGGCCAUGCCCUGACAGUCCUCCAGCAUGCCUGCCUGCCUGUGGAAUGCCAUACCUGGCUCAGGGCCUGCUCUUGUCCCUGAGCCCAGAAGGAGGAAGCAGCCCCAGCCGUGCUCCUGGGCCGUGCUGUGACACGGGGAAGUGAUGCCUGCACAGACAGCCCAGGGGACAAACCCUCAGCCUGGGGCACGCCCUUCCUGAGCUGUGUGCCUGUUCCCUGGCCAGCUCCUCGGCUCACACAGAGCUGGCUGUUGUCUCCUGAGGGCGUUGGUGCCGGGAGCCAGCACCAAACAUCACCCCCGCGGCGGAGCGCGGGUUCCAGGCAGCCUGGAGCAUUCCUGGGCUCUUUCCCGUUGUCACCCUCCCCACAGCAGGCAGAGGACGGCCACAGGAGCCAGGUCUGUAGUAGUGGUGGCCUUGGUGGCUUGUCCUGCCCACUUUUUGUGGCUGUUGUGGGUCCAGCCGUGCAGUUGAUGUUUGCUGGGCACUGCACCAGUCCCUGGGAGUGUCCGUGCCAGGUGGAAGCCGCUGCCUCGCUGCCAGCACCUGGAGGGUGAAAGGACCCAGCUGGAUGCUCCUGCUCUGCUGGGUGAAGGAGACCUGGAAACCCCAGUGCUGGGGCUGUGGGGAGCACUCAGAGCAGUGCCCGUGGGGGUUUGUCAGCUCCUGCUCACCUGGACAUGGCUGGGCAGAGAGGAGGGCUGGCCCUGCCCCUGCUCUGGCCCCUGCUGCUGCUGCUGCUGCUGAGCCUCACCUGCCUCUCCGUGCUGCACCUGGUUCUGGAGACCACUGCCCUGGGUGUGACAGCAACUGUGUCCCCAGCUCUCCCUACCUCCUCAGCACCCAUGGAGAGCUCAACACUGCUGCCUACCACUGACUCCAGCACCACAGCCACCCUCCUUUCCUCCAGCCCUGAAACAGAAGCCUCCACCCCAGAGGAGUCCAGCACAUCCACAGAGACUGAAAACACCUCACCUUCCACUGUGCUUCCUCCCUCCACAACUACAGAAGAUUCAUCUGAAUCUACAGAAGAGACCUUGGCAACCCUGGCAGACACCACAGCCAGCCCUGUUAUCAGCACAUCAGACCCCAUGGGCACUCCCUCUUCCAGCUACCCAGACAGGACCACUCCUGACAUCUUCCCCUCAACUGUGGAGUCAACUCCAGGCACUGAGCCCUCUUCCCCGGCCUCCAGCUCAGCCCAGACCUCAGAGGCUGCUGCCCUCAGCACACCUACAGCCCUGCCAACGCUGCUGCCAACCUGCCCCUCUGCCUCACCCAACACCAGUGCAUCUCACCUGUUUCUGUCGCUGAGGCUGACCACCCCUCUGGACCUGGGGAACAUCACGGUGCAGGAGCUGCUGUUGUCCAAGCUCCGUGAGGACCUGCAGACAGCAUUCCCAUGUGCUGGCCUGUCACUGGCAUGGCGAGGGAAGAGGAGGACUUGACUGCUGCCCCUCACCUGGACUGCCAAGCACCUGCUCCCAGCUCCUCACUCCAUGGUGGUGCAGGCCCUUGGGGAAUCCCAUAGAGCUCCUCUUGAACCUGGGGCUUCCUGUCCUUCACUCUGUACCCCCCGUCCCCUCCUGACCCUUCCCACAGCCUGUCUGAAGAGCCUGAGCCCUCUCACCACCCUGCUCCAGACUUGGCUCCCCCUCCAGCUCUGCUGGGGGCUGCGUGAAGGGAACCCCACAGGACUGGGCUUUUACAUCUGGGACUGAGCUGCCUCAGCCAUCAAAGCCACCCUGGGGACAGAGGAAUGAGAGGAAGGAGACCUGAAGCCCCCAGUACUGCUGUGCCCAAGGCUCACCUGUGACAUUGCUGACAGAAGAGAACACCCAUGCCGGGCAGUGAAUAGAAAUUCCAUGUUUUCUGUGUUGAA